GAGCCGCUCCCUUCAGAACGGGAGGAGCAGCGAUGGGGGACUUCCAAACACUUUUCGCAGAUCAUGGACGACCUGCAGGCGAAGCUGGUUCUGUACACGCAGCGUAUGAAUACAUAUACUGGAACGGACUAUUCCGGAAUCGAGGCAUUGAGACGGGAUAUAAAAGCUUCUGAGGCCAUGGUCAAAGACCGAUUAAACGACGUCCGAACCGCCAAGGAGUCUGUCGAUAAAGCCCAUAUACAACAAGCUUCCUCCCAAAAAGAAGUCGUCGGACUUCUAGAGCGGAAGCAUUCAUGGUCUGCCGGCGAUCUCGAACGAUACAUGUCCCUGAUACGGUCCGAGCAUGUCAACGAACAGGCGAUCCAGACAGCGAAGGACGGUCUCGCCGGAGCGGAGAGAGGCUUGGAAGAAGUGCGUACAAGACUGGAGAAGAAGGAGAGGCAGCAAUAUCACGAAGAACAGAUAUGGAGCGAUACGAUCCGUCGAAACAGCACUUGGGUCACGAUUGGGUUGAUGGGACUCAAUAUCGCCCUAUUGCUCUCCAACGUGGCUAUCAUUGAACCGCGGAGGAGGAGAAGGCUGGUCAGGGAAAUCAAAGCUGCGCUCGCAGAGCAGACCGAAAUACAGCUAUCCAAUACUGCAACCGGGGCCGAAGAGGUUUCGGCGACCGUCGAGACCACAGCAUCCGAUAGCGUGGAAACACCGAACGCCGUGUCCGCCCCUGAUAUCGCUGGCAUCGAGCAGGUCCUCGAUGAGCUGCCG